UCGCCUGAGCCCCGGGCGUAAACAUGGCGUCCUCCACCUCCGCUCGGACACCGGCAGGGAAGCGAGUGGUGAAUCAGGAAGAACUGAGGCGGUUGAUGAAGGAAAAGCAGCGCCUGAGCACCAACCGGAAGAGGAUAGAAUCUCCAUUCGCCAAGUACAACCGUCUGGGGCAGUUGAGCUGCGCGCUGUGUAACACCCCGGUCAAGAGCGAGCUCCUGUGGCAGACCCAUGUUCUGGGAAAGCAGCACCGGGAGAGAGUAGCGGAGCUGAAAGGCGCCAAGGGAGCAACCCAGGGCCCAUCGACCGGCACUGCACCUCAGCCCAUCAAGAGGAGAGCGACGGAUGUGGAAAGCCAAGACGCCAAGAAAGCCAAGGCCUCCGUGGGGCCUCAGGUACUGCCGUCCACCUCAGCCUCGUCCGCCAACUUUGAGAAAUCGGGAAAAGAGGCCGCUAGUAAACCUGGACUCGGUUUACUCCCUGAUUAUGAAGAUGAGGAAGAGGAGGAAGAGGAGGGAGGUGGAGAAGAAAAAAGGGACAGCAGCAAGCAUCUUGCCGAUGCACAGGGCAGAGAACACUCGCUUGCCUCUCCGAGGGAGACAACAAGCAAUGUGCUGCCAAACGAUCCCUUUAAUACAAAUCCUCCCAAAGCCCCCUUAGUUCCUCAUUCAGGGUCAAUCGAGAAAGCAGAAAUACACGAAAAAGUGGUGGAAAGAAGAGAGAACACCGCCGAAGCAUUACCAGAAGGGUUCUUCGACGACCCUGAGGUAGAUGCAAAGGUCCGGAAGGUUGAUGCCCCAAAGGAUCAGAUGGACAAAGAGUGGGACGAGUUUCAGAAGGCGAUGAGGCAAGUCAACACUAUCUCUGAAGCUAUCGUCGCUGAAGAGGAUGAGGAGGGACGGUUGGACCGGCAGAUUGGAGAGAUUGAUGAGCAGAUAGAGUGUUACCGUCGAGUGGAAAAGCUGCGGAAUCGCCAGGAUGAAAUAAAAAACAAACUUAAAGAGGUUUUGACCAUAAAAGAACUUCAGAAAAAGGAAGAGGAGAAUGUGGACAGUGACGAUGAAGGAGAAUUACAGGAUUUGCUGUCUCAGGACUGGAGGGUAAAGGGGGCUUUGCUGUAAGGCUUUUGAAGACCCAACUUUCCAUCCGUCUCCACUGACCCUUAAAAAGUUCAGGGUCCAAGUUCUUGGGUUCCUCUGUCCUUGGGUACCCUUAAUUGUUGGGAUAAAGUAUGCCAGUGAGCAGUAAUACUUUGGGGGUGGUACUGCUUGCGGUGCUAUUUAUUAUAAAAUGUUUGAGGUAAAAGUGUUUUUGACAUUUUUGAAAUUAUAACCACAAAUUGCCAACGUUUUCAUCUUUACAGGUUUAAUGUGGUUUUUCAGUUGUAAAAUCUAAGUUGUAAAUAUUGCACAUAGCUAAGUAUAUAUUUAUACAAGAAGUCAGAUAAAAAAGACACAUGUUUAUAUGAUCUCGAUGUAUAUAUAUUUUCAAGCCCCAAACUCCAAGGGUUGGAGUUUUGGGAAGGUUGUUUUUAGAAGGCUACUUAUAAACACAUAUUCUUCAUAAAGCA